AUGAAGCAAAACAUGGACUCCGCCCUAGCAGCCUUCAACAAGCUGAAUGAUUCCGUCUAUGUCUCAGACCCCGAGGACUUUCCAGAAAAUAGCAAUCCCCCGCUAAUUGUCCUCGCAUUAUGGAUGAACGCCGGGCCCUCCGCCCUUCUCAGAUAUGGAAAUCAGUACAGGCGCAUGAUCCCCUUGGCUCGCAUCGUGAUUCUCCGCUCCGCUACAAAUGACUUCUUCCUCGCCUCCAGCGACGCCACACAAGGUGCUCAACUCGCUCCCGCCGUGGACGCACUCCGCACGUUCGCGGUCCCGGGGAACCCGGUUUUCAUCCACCUGUUCUCCAACGGCGGCAUGCUGAAGACAUCUCAGUUGAUGCGUCUGUUUAAAGAGACGACCGGCAAGCCAAUGCCAAUCUCAUCGAUGAUUGUUGACAGUGCCCCUGGUGUUACGAGCAUCCAGUCCGGCAUGAAAGCGAUAUCUUUUCAACUUCCGCAGUUCUGGCUCUGGAGGCUGAUCUCCCAGGCUGCGGUUUGGGUAUUUCUAGUCGCCAUGGGGGCUUAUGGGUGGAUAAUUAAUGCUCCGAAUACAGUUGAUAUGGCUUGUCGGAGAGUUAACGAUAGGGCACUCUAUCAGCCUUCUACUGAGGAAGGCCUUGUGCGUUACUACAUAUACUCGGACUCGGAUAACAUUGUCCUUUCGGAGAAUGUUGAAGAUCAUAUGAGGUACUCAGAGUCGUGCGGUGUCGUGGUACGGCCUGAGAAAUUCAAAGACGCGCAGCAUGUUAUGGCUAUGAGGACGGAUCCGGAGCGGUACUGGGCUAUCGUUGACGAAUGUCUGAAGCUGAACAGAGCUGCUUGA